CGAACACCACCACCCAUCCCUCUUCCCUCCUCCUUUCUCACCGCCCACCUGCAUCUCUACCUCUCCCAUUUCUACCUUCCCCCCUCCCUUAUCACACAAACAUGCAUCCAUUUCGACAUAUCGGUGAAGAAAGGGGUUGGGGAAACAACUGACGUCGGUCACCACACCUGAAAUUGAUUCCGAUAUCUCGUCGUCGGCCACCACCACACCUGUUAGGAUCUCGAACUUGAUAGCCUCCUCAUCGUAUCUUCAUGUUCUCAUCGGAAACCUAUUUCUUGUCCUUCCCUCGUCAUCCAUGGAUCUGAAACCAAAUUGUUCAUUAUUGACAUCGACAUCCUAAUAUAGAUAUGAAACCAAAUCAAUGGAAUUGAGUGAAAAACCCUUCUUUACCUGUGAUUUUAGUUUUUCUAGUUUUGUGAUUGGGUAUUUCAUAUAUUCUAUGAUUUCAGUUUUUGCUAGAGUUUUGUGGGUGAAGGACCUUGUUCUUUUAGGUAUUUUCCUUGGUAUUCGUACAUUUAGGUUGUUUGAAUAGAGAAGUAGCUAUCAAAUGUAGAAGAUUCUGAUGGAAUUUGACUAAUAGUCGAUACUCUGCUUCUCAUACUUAAGUACAUAGAUAGUGAAUUAAACUGGUUAUUUCAUGAAGUUGUGUUUGCUCAUCAAAAGUCAAAGAUGGGUGUUUUCUUAGGUCACAAUGAAAGAUAAGGUUGGUAUUAAAGAUGAUACUUUGUUUCACACACAUGAAAUUCAAGUAGUAGGGUCAGUGUUUUGGUUUUUUUUGUCAAAUCAUUUUCAAGAAGUGUUUUGGUAAAAUUAAAUUCACUACAACCUAUUUCGAGGAAUUGAUGACCCCCUUUCACCUUCAAAAUACAAGUUGAAGCCUAGUUUUAGGAUGGACUGAUGUUCAUUACUAUAUUCCUGCUCAGAUUAAAUUACUACAACCUAUUUCGAGGAAUUGAUGACCCCUGCUCAAAUUAAAUUCACUACAACCUAUUUCAGGAACUGAUGUUCGUUACUAUAUUCCUGCUCAGAUUAAUGGAAAACACCAAGAUUACCAUGAUUAGUGACUUGGCUCUAUAACAAGAUGACUACACCAUUAAGGUCUGAAUCAUAUGCGUAUGUGCAAACAAACUGCAUGGAAUCAACAGAUCCGUAUGAUUGGUAUUAAUGGACGAAAGGGGCACCAAAAUUGAAUGUAAUGUGGAUAAACCAUUUGCAUCACUACAAGGAAAAUCUUUGGUAGAAUAUGAUGAUUUCUACAUUCAUAAACCCAAAACUCUAUUUCCAGUAUACCACAGAGGUUAUUAAAUGCAAUGAUUUUUGUGGGCCACAAAAUUCUUUUGCUCUUAUUGACUUCCAACAACUUCAAGCUAAUGCAAUCGAAUCGAACAUGUUAUUUGAGGACGUGAAGUUUUUGUUACUCUAUGGGGACGCUUAUCCAACAUCGUCCAUAUGUCAAUAACACCUACUUGGUUACAAAACUUUUAAUUGAAGAAGUCAUUGAGGAGAUAACCUCUUUUAAAAAAAGAUACCAGUUCUAUAAUGCUUGCACAAAAUGCAAGUCAAAGGUUCAAAUACUUAAGGUUCUAAAUGAGACUGAGUUUGAAGAGAAAGAGAUUUUGGUGUGUCAAAAGGACAAUUGCAAGGGCAAAGAAGUAAUUGUUGAACUAAGUUUUAUGAUCAAAGUUCGAGUUCAAGGUUUAGUUGGAGUUGUCAGUCUUACAAUGUUUGAUCGUGAAGUUAGAAAUCUUCUGAAAAUAUAUGUUCCUGAUUUAUUAUCAAGAUAUGAAAAGGACAUGGAUAAUGAUUCUAUUGAUGUAAUUGACUCAGAAUUUGCAUCUCAAGACACAAUGGGUUGUAAGGGCGCUAAUUCUCACACUGCUGAUAAUACUCAUGUGUCGAAUAUUCCAUCUCGCAUUUGUACAAGUCCAUCAUCAAUAACCGCCACCAAUAAGCUCAAUUCAUCACCUACAAGUGUCAAAUGUAAACUUGUAGAUGUUUACGAUCUUGAUGAUAACGUUUAUGAAUCAGCAACGAAACCUAAUGCACCCCGUAACGGAGAUGACAAAGUUGGUGGAACAACCAAAUUGUUGAUUUCUAAACUGAAAAAGUGA